CCCCGUCUUUGCCCUGUUAUGCAAUGCAUCUCACAUUAGCUUCGGGGUUCAAUGCUUACACUCUACUAGGAUGGCUGUCUUAAACCAGCCUCGGGGUUCGGGUAACUGGCGUUCCCGCCCAAGUAGGCGCUCGCCCACCCAGGGGUAUUACUAGUAAGGUAAUCAUUGUAACUGAAGUAGUCAAUAGUGUCAUGUAGUCAGCAACUGAUUUGUCUCACCUGAUGAAUCCUUAUGCAAGUACUGCGAGACAUGUUUGUGAUUCUUACCGGAUAUUUAAGAUGCGGCGAAUCACGGCUGAUCAGAUUGACAUCAGCACGCCCCACAGGCAACGGACUAUGUAAUCGUAUAUGUCUUAGUGCUUUGUGGACUUCCCCCUUGUUACCUGUAUGGGGUGUCACUAGUGACUUAUGUAACGUGCCAGAAUGAUAUGGGUUUAUCAAGUCAGCGAGUCAUGGGUGUUGAUCAACUUGCAGCGCCUAGGUACUGGGUACCGAGUAGUCUACUCAAUAUUCGUCUAGUCUAUCCAACUGUUUUCCAUACUAAUCGUAGCCUCUCUUCUACAUGUAUACUACCAUGUUCCUGCUUGCAACUUCACUUCUAAUAUCUCAGAGCCUUGAAUUGACCACCUGUGUCCGACUUCGCCAUGGCUGACAUGAACAUUGCACUCGAACCAUGCGAUUUGGCCGCUGUCCCUGACCUUGUCCAACAAAUCACCCAAUUGGGUACCCAGGUCGCUAAUGGUGACACGCAAGCCCGUUUUCGCCUGUUGAAAGCCACUCGGGGAUUGGUGAAUGCUCUAGAGACUCCUCGGGAGACCAUGAUUAAGCAUUGCUGGGCCCAACCUGCUGCCUUUACUGCCAUUGAGGUUGGUAUCCAGAUCAAUCUUUUUGGCGCUUUAGCCAAACAAGGCGAUUCUGCGUCGAAAUCCUCCGAUCUUGCCCAGCAGCUCAAUGUCGACCCUCUGCUCGUUGCCCGACUCUUGCGUCACCUCGCAGCAAUGGGAUACAUACACGAGACCGGUCCUGACGAGUAUCGAGCCACAAACUUCUCCAAAUCACUCAACAUUCCGCUGAUAGGCGAUGGCUACCCUUUGAUCACCGAGGAUGUACAAAUCGCGACGAGCACACUUCCCAAGUUUCUGAAGAAGACGGGCUACAAAGUCCCGACAGACGCACUAAACAGCCCCUAUCAAUUCGCCCAUGGCACGAAACUCAACAUGCUCGAGCAUCUUGAAGAAGAUCCAGUCAACUUCCGGCGUUUCCACAAUCACAUGAGCGCCUAUCGCCAAGGGAGAGAUUCUUGGAUGGACACAGGUUUCUUCCCCGUGCGCGAGCGACUUAUCGAGGGAGCAGAUAAGAGCAGCGAUGCAGCUUUUCUCGUCGACAUUGGCGGCUCGGUGGGCCACGACAUCAGCGAGUUCAACCGCAAGCAUCCCCAAGUCCCCGGCCGUCUCAUCCUCCAAGAUCUUCAGAGCGUCCUGUCGCAGAUCCAAGCUAUUGACUCCAGAAUCGAGACCAUGGCCUACGAUUUCUACACGGAGAAUCCGAUUAAAGGAGCGCGAGCGUAUUACAUGCACAGCGUGCUGCAUGACUGGCCGGACGAUGUCUGCCAGAAGAUCCUCGCUCGUGUCUCUGAAGCUAUGAAGCCAGGGUAUAGUAAGCUCUUGGUCAACGAGAACGUCAUCCCCGCCAUGGGUGCGGAUUGGCAGGCAACUGCCGAGGAUGUCAUGGUGAUGAUCACUUCCUCUUCGCUGGAGCGCACGGAGCAGAAUUGGAGAAACUUGCUGGAGGGUUCGGGGCUGAAAGUUUGUGGUAUUUGGAAGACGGACAAUGCGCUUGAGCAUUUGAUCGAGUGCGAACUAGCAUAGCCUUUUAUUCUAGUAUGUAGGAAGCGCUUGGAUCUUCUCGAUGAGAAUAGAAUUGCUAUGUGCUCAACAUUCGCCGU